AUGUUCCAAGCAAUGGAAAUGUCUUUGACGGAAUUGGCAUCUUCGUACCAUGACACUAUUUGCCAGCCCCCAAUGUCAUCCUCUCCGCCAGAUCUCGCUGAUCUUGGAAAGCUUUUUCCAGUUGAUAUUAAAACACCCUUGCACGAAUUACACACAUUGGACACCAUGCAGGUGACACGGCGGACCUACAGAUGCUCCGACUGUGGUUACGAAACAAACCGAAGAAACAAUCUGAAAAGACAUAUCAAUACUAUGCACGAAUUAUGCGAGAAAAAACUUGAAUGCUGUGGCUUGGAGUUCAGUAGCAAAGCUGAACUCAGAAAACACAUUCAAUCAAAACAUCGGGAAGGAUAUAACUGCACCGUGUGCCGGAAAAACUUUUGCCGCAAAGCAUUGCUUAAAAGACAUCUGACGGUUCACAGCGGACAAAAGGAGUUCAGCUGCGAAUUAUGUGGCUAUGCAACUAGUCACAAAAGUAAUCUGGAACGGCACAAAAAAGUGCAUAUAAAAGCAUUUAUGCCUCCUGUCCUUGACCGCCUCGAGACAAGUCCGACUUUAGGGAUAAUGGAAACUGAAUCUGUGGUAAGUCUGGGAAGUGCACAGGGUACAAUGAAAGCGUCCUCUAGCGACGAUGAAGAGCUCAGUGAUACAGAAAGCGAUAACAGCAGAGCAUCGCGGGAUACGUAUCGUUUGUGGAAAACACCCUACAAGUGUUCAUCGUGUGGAGUGUUGUUGGGUACUCAGCGAAAUCUUAUACGACAUAGGCGUAUUGAGCAUUAUCACGAUGAGAAGUUCUUAGAUGUCUUAAUGAUGCCAAUAACCCGCAGAUAUCUACUUCUAAGUCGAUUGAAACACACAUAG